UAAACAUAUAAAAUAAUUUAUAACAUUGUUGUACUUUUCGUGAAUUGAAUUCCCUUCCACUGAUAUGCUAUUUUAGGAAUUACCAUUAGCCAAUCAGGGAGUACAAUGUUAUCACAUGACUUUCUUAACCAAUCAAAACCCGGCAUCUUCAUUCUUAGCCAUUAUUUUGCAAAGGAUAAUACGCUUACUCAUUUUGCUCAAGAUUCUUUCAUUUACGCUAUAAUCAAGUCAUAUCUUAAACAACAUUAUACGAUGAAACGCAACAAACGUACGGCAACAGUUAGUAAAUGUCUGUUACCAUGUUGUACGGCGGGUUCAUCAAGCCAUGGUCCAGGGGACGAUGCCAUGCACAAUGACAAUGUGACAACAAGGCAUAUUGCGAAACGAACAAAAUCUAACAAUCCAAGUAGACGCAACAAAUAUAAACAAAAUGCAAACAGUCCACCUACGCCGUCACGGCCAUCUUCAACACACAGAGAACCUACACACAGCCAUCCGCCACCACCACCGUUACAGGUCCUACAGAGUUCAGACACCAGCACUGAUUCAGAAGAAUCUGAUGACCCAGAAACUGAUGAUGACUUUUUUAAUUUAGACAGUGUAGUUAAUAAUCACACAUAUAACCUGGCAGGUAACAUUGGCUUGUCCCAAUUUGAAGAGCCCGUUUCCACGCCUAUUUCACAUUCUAUUCCAAACAAAAUAAUCAGGAAAAUUCAAUCAAACAAAUUUGUAGAUUUUGCCUCUCUUUUGCCAAACAUGGCACUAUCAAUGUCACAUCAGGACCAAUUUUCACUGACUGUUAAUUCCAAGAACCAUUUGAGCCUGGUCCCCUCAACAAAUACUAAAAGAAUCCAUAACAUUGACUGUUGGACGACUGCGUUCUUAAGGUUUGUGGCAGUCUACUCUGCAACCUACCCGCAUGAGACCCCACAGUUAAUGAAAUAUGGGGAAAUUGUGCGGGACCUAGCUAGCCGGAGACCGGGCCUUGCCUGGUCUUAUUACGAUUGCCAGUUUCGUAUGUUCCGGGAACGGCAGGUUAUCCCCUGGGACAGAAUACACACCGAGUUUUGGGUCAUGGCCACAACCCACCAACCAUUUCCGGUCCAAUUUCCUCCAUUUCAAGGCAAUCGGCCCUUUCGUUCAAUGCCCAACAGGUCAUUCAGGUCAAACCAAACCUCAGGACGGAAACAGUCCAGAUUCCUUGAGAACACCUGUUGGACAUACAACAGAAGAGGUGUCUGUCAAACCCCACGAUGCCUACGGCCCCACAUCUGCGGCUUUUGUAGAGGUCCACACCAUUCCGGCCAAUGCACUUAUUCCAGCAAAGAACAAGCUUUGUCAGCGGUUAACGCCCCAACAUCCACAACUACCCACACAGCCUCAACAGUCCGUACUCCAAAAAAGUAGGUUAGACCACUGCCUCACAACCCCCAUUAAAGUUCACACACUAGCUCAAUUCUUAAAAGGUUACCACAAUUUUGAUUAUUUGAUCAACGGUUUUACACAUGGUUUCAGUUUGGGUUACAUUGGUCCCCGGGAAUCAACUGUGUGUUUUAAUUUAAAAUCAUGCAUAGAGCUUCCAGAAAUUGUUCUCACUAAACUUCAAAAAGAACUUUCAGCAAAGCGAAUAAAAGGCCCUUUUUCAGAAAAACCUUUCAACAAUUUUCAUAUCAGUCCCAUUGGCUUAGUUCCAAAGAAAACACAAGGAGAAUUCCGAUUGAUACACCAUUUGAGUCAUCCUAAGGGCAAGUCCAUAAAUGACCACAUUGACCCACAACUGGCUACAGUUAAAUAUGCCUCUUUUGACGACGCUGUAACAGCCCUGUUACAAUUUGGUCCAGGCUGUUAUUUUGCGAAAACAGAUAUUAAUGAUGCUUUUAGGAUAAUACCUAUACAACCGAAAGACCAUGAUCGGUUAGGUAUCUUUUUUCAAGGCAAUUAUUACUAUGACACUUGUUUACCAAUGGGAGCGUCCAGUUCAUGCGCUAUAUUUGAAGCUUUUAGCUCUUCCUUACAAUGGAUUAGCAUAACAAAAUUUGAACAUCCCUACCUUAGUUCUCAUUUUAGAUAACUUUUUAUUCUUUGGCCACACUUUUAAUGAGUGUCAGGGUUAUCUUAAAAAAAUUCUUGCCAUAUGUAAUGUCACCGGGGUUCCUAUUAAGGACGAAAAAACUGAAAACGCUCGUCAAGUCAUAACUUUCAUGGGUUUGGAA